ACAACUCCCACAUGUUCACUAUUCUUACGGUAGUGAAUUCUUUGGGAUUCUAAGAAUCUGUGCUUGCCACUUUGUGGAAGAAAGCUGUUAUCUCCAUGUCUUCAUCUGUGCAUUUCCUGAAAAGAUCCUCUGAAGACAUUGACCUCCAAAGCAUUGGAAAUGUACUAGGGAGAAAGAUGGCUGCCCCAAGUCAACAGCAUAUGACAAUCGUCAAUCCGCCCCCUCCGAAGUACAUCAAUACCCAAGGAACUGGCUGCUUAACAAAUCAGCUUCAGUAUUUGCAAAGGGUGGUCAUGAAAGCAAUGUGGAGGCAUAACUUUUCCUGGCCAUUUCAUCAGCCUGUAGAUGCUGCAGGUUUAAAGCUUCCAGAUUAUUAUAAUAUUAUUAAAAAGCCCAUGGACUUGACCACAAUUCAGAAACGCCUGGAACACAACUAUUACACAUGUGCAGCUGAAUGUAUCGAAAAUUUUCAAACAAUGUUUGCGAAUUGCUAUUUGUAUAAUAAGCCUGGUGACGACGUUGUUUUCAUGGCUCAGGAGCUAGAAAAAGUCUUUAUGCAGAAACUUGCACAGAUGCCCCCAGAAGAGAAAAUAAUUGUUACCUCUCAAAGAGAAAGAAAAUGGAAAAAUUCAGACGUCACUGAGCAAGCUGAUACCGGAAGCAAGCUGGUUAAGCGACGCCAGCGAUCAAAACCAACUAGGAAAGUUAGGCAGUUACAGAUGAGGACAAUUCGACAUCAGCAUGACCCAGAACCUUUGCCUGUGACUCAAGCGUCAAACAUAACUCCAGCAACUGAAACAAUAACAAAAGGUGUGAAAAGGAAGGCCGACACUACGACUGCAAACAUCCCAGCAAGCAGUGAAUCCUCUCCAGCACCCAAUGAACCCAAAAUUGCAAAGACCUCCUCCAGAGAAGAGUGUGAAGAAUCCCUGUUGAAAAGAGGCCCAUCAGGCUCCUGGCAACCACUGGAACCCAUAAAAAACAUAAAGCUAACAGAACCACUAAAAUACUGUAACGAGAUCCUUACAGAAAUGUUUUCAAAACAGCAUGCUUCAUAUGCUUGGCCUUUUUAUGAAGCAGUAGAUGUUACAACCUUGGGACUUGAAGAUUAUCAUGAUAUUAUUAAAUGUCCUAUGGAUCUUGGAACUAUUAAAAAGAAAAUGGAAAACUAUGAAUAUAAAGACACGCAAGAGUUUGCUGCUGAUGUUAGGCUAAUGUUUAUGAACUGCUAUAGAUACAACUCUCCAGACCAGGAGGUCGUGACAAUGGCAAGGAAACUUCAGGAUGUAUUUGAGAUGCAGUUUGCCAAAAUUCCAGAUGAGCCAGCUUCACAUAGGCCUCUGCUGCCCUCGACUACAAGGACCACGGUGUCUACUUCCAGCGAAAGCAGCAGUGAGGCUUCCUCUGAGGACUCAGAAGAAGAAAGGGCAAGACGUCUCGCAGAGCUCCAGGAUCAACUUACUCUUGUUCAUCAGCAAUUGCAAGCUUUGGCUAAAACAGCCUUACCCAGACUGAAAAAGAAGAAGAAAGGGAGAUCUAAGAAGGAGAAAAGGAGUAGCAAAGUCAAAAACAAGUCUGGGAAUCAAAAGAAGAGAAGGAUGAAGCAAAUGAAGAAGCUGACGAAGAAAAUGUCUUUGAACAUUCGUUCAAAGAAAAUCAAGCAGCAAGAGGAGGCAGCAUACCAGUCUGAAAAUGAUGAUAAUGCCAAGCCUAUGAGUUAUGAUGAAAAGAGGCAGUUAAGUCUGGACAUAAAUAAGCUCCCUGGAGAAAAACUUGGCAGAGUGGUCUGUAUUAUUCAGUCAAGGGAACCUUCACUGAGACACUCAAAUCCCGAUGAAAUAGAAAUAGACUUUGAAACUCUAAAAGCAUCAACUUUAAGGGAACUGGAGAAAUAUGUAAUGACUUGUUUGAGAAAAAGGCCCAAGAAAUAUUAUGUGAAAAAAUCAACAGAAGAACUUAAUUUUGAGAAGAAACAAGAAUUAGAAAGGAGACUGGUAGAUGUCAAUGGACAGCUCAACUCUCAAAAGCAAAGUGCUACAUCUGAAAGUUAUCCGAUACCAAAAACGAUUGGAGGGCCAAGCCGGCUAAGUGAAAGCAGUAGUAGUACCAGCAGUAGCACUUCUUCUGAUUCUGAGAGUAUCAGCAAUGAUUCCAGCUCCUCUGACAGCAGCGACUCUGAAUCAGAGAUAUGCUUAAAACAAAAUGCAAAUAGGAAAAAGGAUUUAGUUUGGAGACAGCAACUCAAGCUGCCAUUGCUUCGCCCCAGGAUGUCUUGCACGAUUGUUCCCCGAAUUCGGGCCCUUUCACCUGCGAAUGUGCCAUCUCAAACAUCACCAGAAACAAGGUUCCAACAGCAGACACUGCAACAUCCCCAACAUUUGCAGCAGAGCCUUCUUAAACUCCAAGAGCAAAGCAUCCUCUCUCCUGCAGAUAUAGUGGCUAUUGUGUCUCCUCUGCAUUGCACUCCAGUUCAAGAAGCAACUCCAGGUGGCUUAGUGACAGCCCACUCUUCUAUUAUCCUGUCUCCUCAUACACUUUCAGAGGUGUCAUAUUCCUCCUCCUCAAAUAUCCCACUGAGUGAUACCAAAGAAACUGGGAAAACAACAGUAUUACAUCAGGCACAACAACCUCCUCUCUGUACUAAAACUUCUUCGGGAACUACUGAAGCAAAACCUAUUAAUCAAGAGCAAAGUGCACAUUCUGAACUAGAGAGUAGCUUUCCAGAUGGCCCGGGUGAGCAACAUAUGACAGAUUCUGCACAUGCCAGUGUUCCAGCAAGCUGUUCUGGUAACUGUGAGAGGGGGAAAAAAAGAGCUAUGAAACCUCAGAUUCCUUUAGCAAAGGACAUAAAAGUAAAGCAUGCAGAUUCCUGGACAAGUUUAGGUAAAAUGAUACGUGCUCCAGUCAUUAUCAAAUCCUCCAGUGAAAGCUUCAGGCAGUUUCAAAAAGCAGCACUGGAAAAAGAAGAAAGUAAAUGGACAAAGGAACGAAAAAGGGAAUUGGAACAAGCUGAGAAGAAACUGAAAAACCUCCCUCAGGAAAAAGAGGGAAACAAUAACAAAAUACAUUUGAGAUGCAUCGCAGUAAAAACUAACUGUUCACCUGCAAAAGGAGAGACACCAAAUGUUGUUGCGGACCGUACCCUGGCAAGAAAAAUGGAGCAAGAACGCCGAAGGAGGGAAGCACAGGCAGGCAUCAUUGAUAUUAAUUUUCAAAGUGACAUUAUGGCAACUUUUGAAGACACCCUACAGUGAGAGGAAUAGUAGAGGGUGACGCUUGAUUGAAGUUCUUUAAACAGUGACAAUGGAUUGCAGAAACUACUGCCAGACUCCUGACACUACUUGGAACACUUUUGUUCAAAUGGAAUAUCACUGUAAUACUUUGAAGCAUCACUGAGUACUACUACUACAAUACGUUCCCUUUUAUAAAAUGUGUUUAUGAAGUUAAAACUGGUAAAAGCAUGUGUAAACAUUUUGAUGUAAAAACAUAACUGGUCAGUUGCUAAUCCUGUAUGAAGUUUUUUUUCUGAGCAAAAUCACAGUGGGCUGCAAUACCUGUUCAACAUUCAUACAGGGGGAAUUCCCAACUGUGGAAGCCACUGUGGUGAUCUGUCCAAGGUGCAGGUGAUGUGGGAUUUUUGCACAUACGUAUAUAGAUAUUGAAUCCAAUAGGGACCACAGUAAAUAACAUCAAUAACUACCAAACCCCUUAACUUUCUGUUGGAAAGAAUGCCUUGUUUUGUUAUACAUCACAAAAUAAGCAAAAGUACAAGUAUUGCUUUGGGAAAUUAAAAUGUGGUAUUUAAAUAUAUUUGAGACAUACAUAAGGACAGGGGAUUUUUUUUCUGUUAUUCAAACUACUGAAAAUAACUGACAUCUUGAGUCUAUGCAUAUGUAGGUGCACUGUCAUUAUAUCACAUAUAUGCGUGCAAUAAUUUUAACAAACAGGUUUGUCUGUUACAAUUUGUUCUUAUUUGCUUUCUGACUAAUGUAUUUAAGUAGCAGUAGCUACCUAAAAUGCUUUUUAGUUCUCUUGGCACUGGUAAUUUGAAAAGAAAAAUUUUGGUACCUCAUAGUUUUUCUGCUAGUAAAAAAAAAC